AUGUCCGAUAAUCGCAGUUCGCCAGUAAGGGAUGCUGGGUCAUCACCAAUGGCGGCGCCACCCUCGUCUUUUGGUGGAUCAUCCCCGCCGCUGUUUUACAAUCCGUCUUCAUCGUCGCAACCGGACACAUACGAAAGCCAGCAAAGACAGCAAACGGUGGGUUCGUCACCUUUUCGCAACCCUGGCGUAAAUGCAGGCCGUCUGGGGGUAUCCUCUGAUACUUUUGGAUCUCAGAGAGGAUCUCAAAGGCGUGGGGGACCCAGCUCUGGCCGCUUCACAGACCCCUCGAGCGAGAUUGAUAUGCUCUCAUCUUCGCUGUCAGGCCGUCACACUCAGCGCUCUUCGCAACGAAGAAGCGAUUUACAUGCAUCGGAUCUUUCAUCACCACGUAGGAUGGUGGAUCUGGAUUCCCAUCUAGCACAGGACUCAUCGUCCUCAGAUCCAGCUUCUGAAGCUUCAGAGCCGCUACGUAUCAUUUGGGGGACCAACGUGAGUAUACAGGAAUGCGCCACGAAUUUCCGUAAUUUCCUGAUGUCUUUCAAGUAUAAAUUCCGUAAAACGCUGGACGAAAACGAGGAUUUUAUCGACGAUAUAGAGGAUGAGGAAUUGUACUAUGUCAAGCGUCUGAACCAAAUGCGAGAAAUGGGGUCUCUCAAUUUGAACCUUGACGCCAGAAACUUGCUAAGUUUCAAGCCUACCGAAAAGCUCUAUUACCAGUUGUUGAGCUAUCCCCAGGAAAUUGUAUCCAUCAUGGAUCAAACAAUCAAAGAUUGCAUGGUCUCUAUAGUGGUCGACAAUAACUUGGACUCGAGUCUGGACGAAGUAGAAUCCAGGUUUUACAAAGUUCGACCAUUCAAUAUUGAAAGUAGGAAGGGUAUGCGGGAACUCAAUCCCAACGACAUUGACAAACUAAUCAGCGUAAAGGGCUUGGUUCUCAGGUCUACACCCAUCAUCCCAGAUAUGAAAGUGGCAUUUUUCAAGUGCAACAUUUGUGAUCACACAGUCGUCGUUGAAAUCGAUCGAGGAGUGAUUCAAGAGCCUGCCAGGUGUCCCCGUGUGGCGUGUAACCAACCAAACUCUAUGUCUCUCGUUCACAACCGUUGCUCUUUUGCCGACAAGCAGGUGAUCAAGUUACAAGAAACGCCUGACACGGUGCCGGAUGGGCAAACUCCUCAUUCGGUAUCUCUGUGUGUUUAUGACGAAUUGGUGGAUUCCUGCCGUGCAGGUGACAGAGUGGAGGUCACAGGUAUAUUUCGUUCUAUUCCGAUUAGGGCAAACUCAAGGCAGCGUGCAUUGAAAUCCUUGUACAAAACUUAUCUCGACGUUCUACAUGUCAAAAAAGUUACUCGUGAUAGAAUGGGCGCGGACACGUCCACUGUGGAACAAGAGCUCUUACAAAAUGAGCUCAACAACUCUGAUUUGAGGGAAGUACCGCAGAUUACAGAUGAACAGAUCCGUCGCAUUCACGCAGUGGCCACUAGGGAUGAUCUUUAUGAGGUCUUGGCUCGUUCCAUUGCACCAAGCAUAUACGAACUGGAUGACGUUAAAAAAGGUAUUCUACUGCAAUUAUUCGGAGGUACUAACAAGACUUUCACCAAGGGUGGGAGGUAUAGAGGUGAUAUCAAUGUCCUAUUAUGCGGUGAUCCCUCGACAGCUAAGUCCCAGCUUUUGCAAUAUGUUCACAAAAUAGCUCCUCGUGGUAUCUACACUUCGGGGAAAGGGUCUUCGGCGGUCGGUUUGACUGCUUACAUCACCAGGGAUGUCGACACAAAGCAAUUGGUGCUAGAAAGUGGAGCUCUGGUAUUAUCGGAUGGGGGUAUUUGUUGUAUUGAUGAAUUUGAUAAGAUGAGCGAUUCUACCAGAUCAGUCUUGCACGAAGUUAUGGAGCAACAGACAAUCUCGAUAGCGAAAGCUGGUAUCAUAACGACGCUCAAUGCACGUACGUCGAUUUUAGCUAGUGCCAACCCGAUCUCUUCUCGUUACAAUCCUAAUUUGCCAGUCACGGAGAAUAUUGACUUACCACCGCCACUACUCUCAAGAUUCGAUCUUGUUUAUUUGGUUUUGGACAAGGUCGACGAGGCAACCGAUAGAGAGCUGGCAAAGCACUUGACAAACCUUUACCUGGAGGAUGCUCCAAGUCAUGAAAACAAAGAUGAUGUUUUUCCCGUUGAGUUUUUGACCAUGUACCUCAAUUAUGCCAAACAAAAGUAUGCACCAGUGAUUGCGGAAGAGGCGAAAACGGAGCUAGUAAGGGCCUAUGUUACAAUGCGGAAAAUGGGCGAUGAUUCGAGGACCGACGAAAAGCGUAUCACCGCAACAACGAGACAAUUGGAAAGUAUGAUCAGAUUGGCUGAGGCACAUGCCAAGAUGCGGUUAUCGCAACUUGUAGAGCUUCAGGACGUUCAAGAGGCAGUGAGGCUGAUCAAGUCAGCUAUAAAGGACUAUGCCACGGAUCCAAAGACCGGGAAAAUUGAUAUGAAUCUUGUUCAGACCGGAAAGUCCGUUGUGCAACGUAAGAUGCAGGAAGACCUGGCGCGCGAGAUGGUAUCAAUUUUGACGGAACGUCCCAACAAUACUAUAUCUUACAACGAGUUGGUACGCUGUGUGAACGAACAGUCCCAGGAUAAGGUCGAAGCUCUGGACAUUUCGGACGCGUUAGUGCGGCUACAGCAGGAGGACAAAGUUGUGGUAUUAGGUGAAGGUGUAAGAAGGUCGAUUCGUCUCAAUGGGAGAAUCUGA